UCCGCUUGUUUGUGUUUUUUUUUUGUGUGUUGUUGUUGUUGUUGCUUUUCGGGAAGCGGCAAUAUAAAAAUUGAAGCGCAUACAAGCGCAGCAUUUAGUCGGGCUCCACCAUCCAGCAAAGAGCCACCACCACACAGAAGCCAAGGCCCCCCCCUAAAAAGCCGGACACCCUCCUCCCCCCCAACAGCAGCAGCAGCAGCCGGCCAUCAGAAGCAUCCCACCAAGAGAAACGGAAUAUCGACAGCUGAUAAGAACCCAAGAUGACGACAAUAACAGCCCAACAGUUCCUGGGGCUGCUGGUGAUAACCUUUUUAGGAGCAUCGGCCACCGGGAGUGAGGUCACCUCGAACGUGACUCUCGACGUCAACGAGAUACCGCAACGGUACGACGAGGCGCAGCUCUGGAGGAUCUACAACAUCUCCGAGGGGUUGCAGCAGAAGGUGCCCGUGGGCGAGGUGCUGGAGAACAAGUUCGGUGGCAACAUCUGGAAGGAGAACUCCAAGUUCCUGGACAUCUCCAUCUCCAGGGACCAGUUGAAGGCUGCCCGCAGCUUCCUCUCGGCCCAUCGCCUGGACGCCGAGGUUCUCUCAGACAACAUCCAGGCCAUGAUCGACGAGGAGAUGAUGGAGGGGAUCAGGGAGACAGCUGCCUCCGACGGCAGGAGAACCAAAAAGGCCACGAGGAGCAACAUGCACUGGAAGGACUACCACGACCUGGAGACCAUCUACGGCUUCAUGCGGGAGAUCCGCAGCAAGUUCCCCAACAUUGUGCGGCUCUACACGAUUGGCCAGACGGCUGAGGGUCGGGACUUGAAAGUGCUCAGAAUCUCGGAAAACCCCCGCGAGAACAAGAAGGUGUGGAUCGACGGUGGCAUCCACGCUCGCGAAUGGAUCAGCCCGGCAACGGUCACCUUCAUCCUGUACCAGCUGAUGUCCAAUUGGGAGAACCAGCCGGCCCACAUCCGCGGCCUCACCUGGUACAUCAUGCCGGUGAUGAAUCCCGAUGGCUACGAGUACAGCCGCACCACCAACCGUCUGUGGCGCAAGAACCGAUCCCUGUCUCGCCGCUCCCAAUGCAAUGGCGUGGAUCUCAACCGGAACUUCGACAUCGGCUGGAACGGCUACGGAUCCUCGACCAAUCCCUGCAGUGACACCUUCCGCGGUACGUCGCCCGCCUCCGAGAAGGAGACCAAGGCAGUGGCCGAGUUCCUUUCCAAGCGCAAGUACAACCUGGAGGCGUACCUGACCUACCACAGCUACGGCCAGAUGAUCGUCUAUCCGUGGGCCUACAAGGCCGUCAAGUUGAAGGACUCCCCUGUCCUCCAGAGGGUGGCCAGCCUGGCUGCGGACCGGAUUGCCCAAAAAACGGGAAGCACCUACCGGGCGGCCGUCACCCACGAGGUGCUGGGUGUUGCCGGCGGUGGCUCUGACGACUGGAGCCGUGCCGCUCUGGGCGUUAAGUACGUCUACACCGUGGAGCUGAGAGAUCGCGGAGCCUACGGCUUCGUCCUGCCUCCCCGCUACAUCAAGGACACAGCGCUGGAGGGCUGGACCGUGGCGGAGACAGUGGCCCAGGCCAUCAAGCCCAGCUCCGACAACCCAUAACACCAUAUCUAAUCGUAACUACUAUCCCAGCUAUUUUUUUUCGUGCCCACCAGGAGUGAAUGUGGCCACAGUGCGAAUGAGUCCUAGAACGACUGCCUAUUUAUGUUCGGUUGCGUGUGCCUGGAGCAGUCAGGUGUGAAUGGUCAGGUGGGUGGGUAUCAACCGUGUCCCGCCGGACACACAAUAAACAAAUCCUACGCUAUUUAUUACUACA